ACCAAUACCUUGUUUCCAGCUCACAUAGUUAACAUUAACAUCAUCAAGAACGUUAUCACAAUCAAUAAUCCCACAGUUAUCAUUAAUAUUACUAGUAUCAUUAUUUGUCAAAAGAAUAGUCAAUGAGCUUACAGAUUGAUCUCUGAACCGGCGUUUGACCUGUAAGGACUAGAUUACCCUUGCUAUGCCCAAGUUUGACGACCUUCUCACACAUCUUGGGACUGGGAGAUGGAACCUGCUCUAUGCCAUCGCUAUGGGCUAUUGGGCUCUGCAGGUUCCCUACCACAGCAUGGGCGCGGCAUUCCUAACACCACACCAAGACUUCACAUGUGUUAACUCCGACGUGGAAAUUCUUCAAAACAGAUCACAAUGCAUUUACAACAUAACAACAUCGGACGGCGAGAAUGAGGAGCGACUUUGCACGGAAUGGGCUUUUGACAACAGUACCUACGCUAGCACUAUUACUUCUGAGUUUGGCUUGGUGUGCGAAUUCAGCUUCCUCCGGGCGACCUUCAAGAGCGUGUAUUUCCUUGGAGCUUUCGUGGGGUCAAUCCUCAACGGUUGGAUCUCGGACAAAUACGGACGCAAGAAAAUGCAUACCGCCGGCGUCCUUGCGUUCGUUGUCCUCGGAAAUUCACUCUGCUGGAUGCCCAACAUCUCCGCUAUCUUGGUUGCACGGUUCCUGAUGGGCGUCGGUCAUCCGUCAUCCACCGAGACGGGUUAUAGUCUAGUCAUGGAGACCUGUGAACCUCGCCUAAGGUCUGUGAUCGGUAUCCUCGUGUUUCUACCUUGGUGCUUCUCGCUUAUCACCCUCGGAGGUUAUGGUUAUCUGCUGAGGGACUGGCGGUGGCUGAUGUUCACUGUAUCUCUGCCUGGGGUCCUCUAUUUGCCUAUGCUAUGGCUAAUGGACGAAUCACCCAGGUGGCUCAUUGUACGGGGCAGACACGCAGAGGCUCUUCGUGUACUACGCCGAGCUUCACGUUGGAAUAAGGUUGAGCUUCCGUCAGAGGAACAGCUGUACGCGAUCAUGAAGGAGACGCAGGCGGAGGAAACCGAUUCCCAGCGGCGUGAGGCUGAACAUCCUCGCGGACUGAAGACUACCCUGAAAAACGUAGCCAAUGUAAUUGCCGUUCUGUUUAGAACCAGAAAGAUUCGGACGAUAACACUCUGCCUGUACGCCAACUUUUUUCUGGUGGAUUCUGUGUACUACGGUCUCUCUCUCGGAGGCGACAGGUUCGGUGUUGAUCCUUAUGCGUACAUGGCCCUGGGAGGUGUGAUGGAGACACCGGCCAACAGCAUAACGAUUCCUUUGGUGGAGAAACUGGGAAGGAGGGCUUCGAAUAUCAUGUGUUUCGUUGUCAGCGGUGUCGCACUUCUGGCUCUCGGGGUUACGCCAUCAAGUAUUAGCUGGCUGGUGACAGCGAUGAUAAUGAUCGGGAAAUUGGCUAUCACCGCAGCCUACAUGAUGCUUUACUUCCACGCGAACGAACUCUUUCCGACCGAGGUGCGGCAGCGCGGCAUGAGCACGUGCGCGAUGGUGGCCAAAGUCGGCUCUGUUGCUGUCCCUUUCCUGGUGGAAAUCCUGGGUUCAAUCGGAUCGUGGGUGCCCCUCGUAACCUUCGGGGGCGCCUCGUUAGUAGCAGCAGGGAUCAUGACCAGGCUGCCGGAGACUCGCGGGGUUCCCAUGAAAGACACCGUUGCGGAGCUGGAGGAUUCGGCUGCCCAUCGAGCACGCAGCAGCGUCACCUUCCUGUCUCCGAGUGAAGAAAAGAAGGACGGGUUCCUGGCUGUCCAUGGACGACCAUCACAAUCCUCAGGGCACCAUUUAUAGGCCUACGUGAACAUAUUGUAAAUAAAUCGACGAAGGAGUGGACCAAAAAAUACACGAAUAACACGAAGGACUUUUUGAUAUAUUGCUCCUUCGUUGUUUUAUUUAUAAUAGGUUUACGUGUAUUGCGCUACUGCUUUAGUGAUUAUUUACCAUAUAAAUAUGGUCUCUGAAGAAGUAGUCAAACCAAAGGACUAUUGGGAAUGUAUGUUUCCUUGCACUGACUAUUGUUAAAAGUUUACAAAGCGUUCACUGUAAAUUCUUCAUUAUGAAUCGAGGCAACAGUUCGAAGAGAACGACUGGGAGAUACUUUCACUUCAAAACCUCCCUUCAUUUCGACUUUUUCAGGGUUAUUCCACCGUUGAAUGGUGUCCCCGAGUUUUAAGGCCCUACCACACAUGCACAGUGUGAUUUGUAAAUCUUAUUUUUUUUCUUAGCGAAAACUCUCUUCGACAGUAUUGUAUAACAUCAAUAAAUUCCCUGGACGUGG